UCAACUACUAAACAUUCUACGCAGCCCAUCACCAGAUAUGAUAACAAAAUACUUCACAAACGUCUCUGUUAAGUUCGAUCCAUUUAGUAAAGGUGGAAGAUCAGCCAGAUUAUUUCUUGCCAGAGUUCCUCAUAGUGCUAAAUUGGAAACUAAAGUAUUGACUGCUAACUCCAAAGAUCAUCAAGAAAUACUGGUCACCUUUAAGGAUAAACAUAUAAUGAAAGCUGAUCCAUCUAAAAUGAAAAUUGAUGAUUUAAGAGAUUACUUUGAUUCUUAUUCAAGAAAAUUAGUCAUCAAGGAUGCUAUUUCUGAUUAAAUUCGAUAUUUUUCAUCCAUACUUACAUAUUACUAUAAUUCGUUCAACUUGUACAUAUACUUCCAUAGGUCAUGAUUUUAUUGCAUUUAAUAAUUUAAUAAAUUAAUUUUAUUUGGUUCUAUACAAAA